AUGUCAAAUUUAGAAGAACUUGCUUUGUAUUUGUCAUCGGUGGUUUGUGAUAAGAAAUUUAUUGAUGGAAAUGAUUUAAAGCAAAAUAUCAUUGAUUAUAUGCCAGAAUUAAAUCAAUUUAGAUUUAGUAUUCAGUCAACUAUAUUGCUAAAAGAUCAAAUUGAUUUACCAUCAAAUGAAGAUAUUAAACAUUCAUUUAAAGAUUUUUCAAAUAAUAAAAUAAUUUCUUGUGUUAAUUAUUUUUUCGAAGCAAAAUAUGGUCAAUGCCAUAUCUAUUCCUGUCCGUACCCAAUACCAACUUAUGAAAAUAUCUCAAAUAAUUUUCCAGGUGGAUUAUUUCGAUAUGUUAGUGACGUAUCUUUAUUUGAUGAACAUCCUUUUGAAUAUGAAUUUUUUAUUCAAAUUGCUCAAUCAUUUCCAUUUUUGAAAAACUUAACUAUUACUAAUCAAAAAGGACAAAACAAUAAAGAAUAUACAAAAUCAAAUAAUAACAAUGAAGAUUUCUUACUUAUUCAAUAUCCUCGUCUUAAAUAUCUUCAUUUCAAACAAAUUCAUAAUGAUUAUAUUGAACAAUUUCUACUUGAUACCAAAACAUGUUUACCAUAUGAUAUUCUGCUUUUUACUGAUUUUAAAUCUGUACAAAGAGUUACACACAAUUUUACACGAAAUGCAACACGAAUUAAUUGUAGUAAAAUGAGAUAUAUAUGUUUUGAUAGAAUAUUUCGAUUUCCAAAACAUUUCAAAAAUGAUUUUCUUGAUACAGAGAUACAUGUAUUCUGA